CUCAAUUUUCUUUAGUUGAAAAUUCCAAAACAGUUAGGAGAAAAAUUAAAUAAAAUUAAUUUUUUUCAUGUUCUUUUCUAAUUAUUUCAGGUAUACCUACUUGCCAUACGAGUUCAUCUGUACUGUCCAAUGGGAAUACGACAAAGCCUUCACUAUUUUCCUCAGCGUAACGUGUUUCGUGACUCCACUGAUCGUGACAGUCGUGUGUUACUCAAGUGUCUUGAGAGUCGCUCGCCACCAAGCACGUGACAAACCACCGGUCAAGGUUGGCAGCUUCUGUGCUUCGGAGCAUGCUCACUCAGCUAUCCCGGAUGUAAGCGAAGCGACUAUCCCGGAUGUAAGUAAAGGGGAGGUGGUUGAUGGAAAAAUCGAGGAGGAAAGUAAGAAACCAGGGAAAGUUGGUGGUGGAAAAGAAAAUGGCGCUUUUAUUGCGGAUUCCCAGAGUAACAAGGUUAAAGCUUCUCUCCCCCGGGGAGAAUCCGAAUCACCCGUCGUUAAACUAGCAGAGCACAAUAAUUCCACAAAACAAGGUCCCUCAAGAAUCGUGAAAAUAUUUGACCAGGAAAGAGAUCUCGACCAUCGCAGGCACGUCGCGGGAAAUCCCGAAAAUGUCGAAACAGGUAAAGAGAGGAAAGAACAAAAUAGCGCGAGUCCCUCGGGUGGAAACAAGAUGUCCCAUAUAAAUCCUUUUGUCAUUGUGGUUGCCCCAGGAAACACCAAAACCUCCGACAAACAUUCCGCGGAUCCUAACAUUAAUUGCUCGGGUAGAAUCGGGAAGUCCCGUGUGAGUCCUGCCGCUGUUGUUUCAUCUGCAAUAAACCCUUGGAUAGAGGAAAACCCGCAGAGCGAGGAAUUGAUGAUUACCCAAGAGAAAGACGAGAAAAAAGAUUCGAGAAAAGAUUUCGUUUCCCAAAUAAGGUCUGCUGCCCGAAGGCGUGGGUGGAUGGCCGAGCGAAGGACUGAGGAUAGACGACAUAAAAGGUAAGUCAGGGACUUUCUUUUGACUUGCAAAGACACACUGAUAUUUGAGCUCGCCAGAAGCUUUCAUACUAUGCCACAGAGAUUACAGCUAAUCAGAAUACAGCAAAGCCGUUGUAUAUUCGACAGGAUAACACCCAAACUUCCCAUCAUGCGCCACGCGUAUGUCCCAUUGAUUGUGUU